CAGAGGAAGAAGUGCAAAAGCGGACCGCAGCCUCGCGUUUCAGCUGCGCUCAAAGGUCAACGACGACUGCUACAACGCCGUCUCCAUCAGCCUCAGCAGAAUGUCCACUUCCCCCAAGGUUGUGGUAGCGCUGCUGAUCGGCGUAUUGUACGGUGCUGGUUGGGUCCUGGUGGACAGACUAGCCUUGCUUGCUUACCCGUGGUGCGAUCACCCGCUCAAGUGCUACGACUACGCCCAGGAGCUGGCCGCCAGCGUGGACAAGAGCGUGGACCCGUGCGACAACCUGUACGAGUACGUGUGCGCAGAGUGGCCCCGACGGUACCCUGCCCACGAGAACCAUUUCGCACUCCUCGGAGCGAGAACGAAGACGUUCUUGCUGCAACAGCUCGAGCAUCCUGGCUCUGACCAUGAGUCGCUGGCUGUCAGGCGGACCGUAACCGGAUAUCAGAGCUGCGUCUCGGCUUUCAGGGAGAGUCGUGAAGAUAUCCAGGUCCUCUUCGACGUGCUGAAAAAGUUCAACGUCACGUGGCCGUCUUCGACGCUUCCGACGCACUUCGACGUGAUGGAGUACCUGCUGGGCCUAUCGCUAGACUACAACCUGGCGACGCCCUUUCUCCUGACAAUGGAGCCUUACUUGAGGACGGACAGGCGGUACGGCCUCUCUCUGCAAUUUGUCGUACCGUCUCCAUCGCAAGUCUUGAAUUUCCUAGCGUCAAAUGCGGCCGCCUGCAUGAUGUCGGUGGUGCCAUCGAUCGGGCACGAUUCUGCGUUACGCUUCGGCGAGACAAUUUACCGCGUCGCCAAUGACCUGGCAACGAACCUACUACAACACUUUGUCGAGGCCAAUUUAACCCAGUCAUACGCCACGAUCGGAGAACUGGCUCACAACCUCAGCCGGCGUGUUGCAGACGGCGCCUUGCUGAACGCCAUCAACAAACAUCUUCCGCAAGACAUGCAAGUUGACGAUGACGAGGAGAUGCUCGUAUUCAACAACACGUACCUGGUGCUGAACGAGAUGCUGAAAACUGGGAAGCGCUACGCGGAUCUUGUUCUCUUCAGUGGCUGGAACAUGAUCGUCCGGUACAACUUCGGCAUGUCGUCAUCGCUGCUGGACUGCGCACAUACGGAUCCGCCCCUGGAGCGUUCUACCUUGGCAGCGGUAAAAUGCCUCGACGCCAUGAACGAGGUGGCCGGCUACGCCCUCGCCCGCUUUUUCGUCGACAGCAUGGCACAGUCACGUGCUAUGCUUGACGUCAAGGACACGUGGAACGCCGUGCGCGACGCCACGCGGCGAAACUUCCCCACCCUGUCGUGGAUGGACAAGUCCACCGCCGCGGGUGCCAUCAACCACGUGGAUAACCUCAUUUCCAUCAUAGCGCUUCCGGCGCAUCUGAACAGCAGCCAGGCGCUGGACGCCUCCUACGACUACCUGGAGGCGGACCAGUCGCAGCCCUUCUUCCGCUGGUUCAUCAAGUCGUGGAAGCGGCGGUCGGACAAGCUCAAGCGCCUCAUCCGCGAGGACCCGAGCGUGCAGGUGCGUCGCGAGGACAUGCCGUUGAGCUCGAUGGACGUGAACGCCUUCUACAUGUCUCUCUUCCACAUCAUGUCCAUCCUGCCCGCCAUCAUGGCGCCGCCGUUCGUUACCCCAGGCUUGGCGCCGGCGGUGAACUACGGCUCCAUCGGGAAGAUCUUGGGUCACGAGCUGUCCCAUGCCUUCGACCCGCGUUUCACCACUCAGACAAGGACGGGCGACUUUGCAACCUGGUGGUCGCAGUCGUCGUACGCGAACUUCAAGGACCGGCUGGAGUGCGUCCGUUCUCAGCUGGCCAACUACACCGACAGCGAGAGCCACGGCUCCAACGCGCUGUCGGAGACGUUCGCGGACACUGCGGGCACCGAGAAGGCCCGCCUUGCGUACGAUUCACUGCCGAGUCAGCCGGGUAUGCUCGGCUACACGCAGGAGCAGCUCUUCUUCAUCGCAGGGUGCUUCGAGUUCUGUGCAAAGACUCCGUACUCGUGGCAGGCGUUGGGAAAGUACCCUGCAUACGCCCUGCGUUGCAAUUUGCCGGUUUCGAAUCACAAGAAUUUCGCGAAAGCCUUUAAAUGUCCCCCUGGAACAGCACUGAACCCGCCGAAGCGGUGUUCGUUUCAUUAAGAUUACGGUAAAAGAUCUUUUGACAGCGUAAGGCUUGUUGGCAUCAAGUGUUUUCAGCUAGCGAUCGCAAUUUCUCGCAGACGGCUUCCUAGAAUAGAAAUUCAGCUCCUUGACGGUUUUUAUAGAAUACAUAAUACGAUUUGUUUACUUAUGCUGGCUCCCCUAAUUUCUGAAACACUAUUACAUGGACGUUUCGCUGCAGUUUCGCUAGUCGAUUUCCAUUCGGGCCUUUUCACCUUUUGAAGAGCUUUCUACGUCUCUACGUGGCCUCUUCGUUUUAAUUUGUUUCCUGCAUUAUCGCCUGCCCGUUAUGUGUACCACCCGUUAUGCGUAAGAGGGAUGUUCUCGCUUUCGGCACGCUAUGGGUAUCUUUCCUUCCGGUCCCGUAAUUGCCUCGCCGAUUUUAAUUUUUUUCUACAAUUGCAUUCAACUGUAUUUGCCAACAAGUUGUGCUCAGUCUAAAGGUAUUAAAUGCACGAAGCAAAUAUUAUUACCUGACAGAC